AUGGUGAUAAAUUCCAAAGAAGAUUUGCCUCAAUAUACCAAAGAUUCAGACUCAGAUUCAGACUCAGAUUCUAGCAGUAAUUCUAACGGGGGAUCUCUAUCAAUUCCAUCUUCAAAGAGCGCAACCGUAGCUCUCAAUAGUGAAGAAUAUGAGGACGACGAGGACAAUGAUGUGAACGAAUUGGAGGCUGAAUUGAUCAACAAUAUAUCGUAUGCAAGGGAUGAAGAUGAAACUAUCUUUGUAGGAUUGAAGGAAAGACAAAAAUUACAUCUAUGUGGCGUUUUUCGUUUGCAAAUAGUGAAAGGUGGCAUUGUCUACAACAAUGUACAUUAUAAUGCUUCGAGAGAGAUUCUAACAUUUUGGCACCCACUAUCACAAUCUAUACCUACUAUAGAUUUUUCACAUUUUGCAGGUUGGCAAGACAAAGUUUUUAUGCCGAAAAACAAUAGAUUUAACAUCAAAUAUGACGAAUUCAAAUCAUUCCCGUGUGUUCUUCGUGUUUUUAAUUCUAAGCACACAGGCCUAUUAGAAGCCGGUCAUUUGUAUCACGACGUUAACUAUCUUUGGAAACCCAAGGAACCUUACUUUCCAGCAAACGAAAGAGCAACGUAUCAUCUACUACAUGAGUCGGAUCAAAUUCAACCCUUAUCGUUGCCUGAAUGUUGGUCAGCACCCUUAGAACAGUUAUAUUUGAGUCAUAAAAACGCUGCGUAUGAUACAAGAGUUAUGGUGAUUGGUGGUAAGAAUUCUGGUAAGUCUACUUUCUUGAGGCUUUUGUUAGAAAAAUUUACACAAGAUAUACGAGAUUGUGCAACAAGCCAGGAAGAACUACUAUAUUUGGAUUUAGAUCCUGGUCAACCUGAGUACUCACUCCCUGAUUCAGUCUCUCUAAACAAGGUUUUUUCUAGCCCUAUCGUUCUAGGACAACAUUUUUGUCAAGAUUCAAAUUUCCAAACCUUACUACAGUUCUACGUUGGAUCCUCCUCCCCGCAAGACGAGCCCUCAUCAUACCUGAACUAUACUGAUAAACUUAUAGAUUAUUUAGAGGAGCAGGCCUUUUUCGGAACGUCUUUGCUUAACUUACCUGGGUGGAUAAAAGGAUUUGGGAUGCAUAUUUUGAAUCAUAUCAUAAGGAAGUAUAAGCCCACACACUUAUUGUUCUUGGAAACAGCAAAUUCAAAGAGGCAUUUAGAUGAACUAACGAUCCCACAGAGUUUUUGCACAUCACUAAGAGAUGCAUAUGUGCCCGAAGUUGUUCGUAUACCAGCUCAUAAUCUAAGUCGCGCUCUAUCUUCUCGGUUCCAUGCAUCACAACUGAGAACUUUCAGGAUACUGGCAUUGUUUCAUAAAGUAACUCAAUGUGAUUACGAUUUUGCUCCGCUUUUGAAAUCUGCACCCCUACAAAUCUCAUAUGGUGAAAGUAAAGACGGUAUUCAAGGUAUUCAAUUCCCUGUGGAAUUUCAAAAUCUAAAUCCUGAAGAUAUAAGAUCAGCAUUGGAAGGUACUGUAGUUGGGAUACAUAUACAUUCCAUAGAGCACCCUUUAGAUGUAAAAAAUUUGGAUACCUUUCCUAUCUUACAAUCGUACACACCUUCUCUUAAGAAGUUCAUAACCCUAGGAUUGAUACAUUCCGUUAAUACAUCGCAGCAAAUAAUGAACAUUUAUGUACCUCCUUGUCAUAUCCAAAUUCUAGCUGAACAACCCAGAGAUGUUAAAUGGAUAAUAGUAAGACAUAAAACGGAAACGCCUUUUUGCGAUUUGCUUCCAUCCUCCCGCACAAUAACAUGGGAUGCUAGCAUAGAAAUACCGUUCGCAACUUUUGAAAGAAGGAAGAAAUUGGAACAUGUGUGGAAAGUUCGUAAGAACGUCAUGAGACGAGGCCAAUUUAUAAAGAGAUAG